AAUACCAGGUGGGCUUGGCAAGUUAAUUGACAUGCAGCAACACAUUCACAAGGUCAAGCAGCAAGUCUUCUCUCCUCUGGUGAUACUCAACAACUCUAUAAACAAACAUCAUCUCGGGGUCUCCCAGAAACCACCAGUCUGCUCUGAAUGGUGGCUGCCAAGGAAUGCCUGCUCUCUUCUUGAUCAUCUUGUGGAUCUUCUGCACGGUCAUAUUGCUUGCCAUCUCGUACUCCUGCCUCAGAUCCACAUGUGAUCCUCCGCCCGGCGACCGGACUGCAGCUGCUGCCACCAGUACCACCGCAGCCACCUCCAGGAUGCGGAGCUCUAGCACCGCAGCCAACACCAGCAGGACAGCCGGCGGUGGCGCCGGUCGGGAUGUCCUCUCGGCGCUGCCGGUCUUCGCCUACUCGACGGCGCAGAAGAAGCUCAACUGCUCGGUGUGCCUGAUGGAUCUCAAGGAGGGGGAGAAGGGGCGGUUCCUCCCCAGAUGUCUGCAUGUUUUCCAUGUGGAUUGCAUAGAUAUGUGGCUGGCUACUCACUUGGACUGCCCCGUCUGCCGAGCUUCGGUUGAUCCUGAAGCUCCUGAACUUGCGGUCUGAGGUUUUGGUCUCCAAGAAUUCUGGUUUUCUCACUGUAAACGUCCUCAGAUUGCCAAUACUGUACGAACAUCAUGCAGGAAUACAGAAGAUUUGAUCGAGAGAUGGGAGUAGUUUUCUUUCCAUAUAAAUUUCUUUCCUUCUUCUUCUUAUUCAUCCGUAUGUUUCUUGCAAGAGGUCUCCUCCUCUUUAGCAAGAGGAAGAACUCUUACCGACACUGAUUUUGUUUAUUUUCCAUAUAUUUAUUUCUUUUGCAAUC